GUUCUCCAGUUAUGUCAAUUGUACGUGUUAUAGUCAUGUUUUAUUCUGAAGGAUUGGAGCCGCCGGAAAUCGUAUUGUUUUUGCUGCUGGGGUCAAACUGUUCACAGAGAGACUUUGUUGUUAAAGCGGAUUGUUCAAUAACGAAAUGAUGCGCAACACUAAAAGCGACUGACAUUUCGGCAAGUUUUAAGAGACACUAUUGCCGUUAAGUGAUGGAUUUGAGUUGAAAGCGACAGAAAUAUGCAGCUUUCACAACUUCAGUUCUUCCUGUCUGGAAGCUGAUUGGCUCAGUUAAACGUCGGCUCAGCGUCUGUCAAGAACAGCAGAAGAAGACAGAGUCCUCUCAGCCUUCCUCACAGUGCAGCUGUAUAUUUACAGGUGCAGCUCCGAUAUGACUAAGAGAAGCCCGUCUCUUCAGCUUGUCAAAAGGAUGCUGAACCAUCACUGCAGAAGGAACCCUGAGCUUCAUGAGGAGCUGCAGAUCCAGGCUGCGGUGGCAGCGGGGGAUGUCUGCACGGUCAGGAGGAUGCUGGAGCAAGGAUACUCGCCCAAGAUCCGCGACGCCAACGGCUGGACGCUACUUCACUUCUCUGCCGCCAAAGGAAAGGAGAGAUGUGUUCGAGUCUUUCUUGAGCACGGAGCUGACCCAACAGUGAAGGACUUUAUUGGCGGCUUCACUGCACUUCACUACGCCGCGAUGCACGGCAGAGCGCGCAUCGCCCGCCUGAUGCUGGAAUCCGAGUUUCGCAGCGACAUCAUCAACGCAAAAAGCAACGACGGCUGGACGCCGCUGCACGUGGCCGCCCACUACGGCCGAGACUCAUUCGUGCGCCUCCUCCUCGAGUUCAGGGCCGAGGUGGACCCCCUGAGCGACAAAGGGACCACGCCGCUACAGUUGGCCAUCAUCCGCGAGCGCUCCAGCUGCGUACGGAUCCUCCUGGACCACAGUGCCAACAUCGACAUUCAGAACGGCUUCCUGUUGCGCUACGCCGUCAUCAAAGGCAACCACUCGUACUGCCGCAUGUUCCUGCAGCGGGGGGCGGACACCAACCUGGGGCGGCUCGAAGACGGCCAGACGCCCCUGCACCUGUCUGCCCUCAGGGACGAUGUGUUAUGCGCCCAGAUGCUGUACACGUACGGGGCCAACGCCAACACCAGGAACUACGAGGGCCAGACACCGGUCGCUGUAUCUGGGAGCAUGUCUGGGAUCAGCCGGCCGUGUCUGGACUUCCUCCAGGAAGCCACCAGACAACCUCGGACUCUACAGGACUUGUGUCGUAUAAAGAUCCGCCACUGCAUCGGCCUUCAAAGCUUGAAGCUGUUGGAGGAUCUGCCGAUUGCAAAGGUUAUGAAAGACUAUUUAAAACACAAGUUUGACAAUGUGUGAAGGCGACAACAAUAGAAGAGGAGACUUUAAAACAAAACUCCCGUUGAUCAUUUAUAAAGACUAUGCAAUCACGAUCCUCCUCGUCUGGAAGAAAUGUCCACAGGGUCGGUCUAGCGUCCGGUUCUCUCUGCUCCUUUUCUCUACGUCAGCCUUUUUACAUUAGGAACGGCGGCUGAAGAGUGAAAUGCAUCCGUCUCAUGUGAAUGGUUAUGGUCUUUGUGGUAAGAAGAAGAUAGCAGUUGGCAUUAUUUCCAUGUAUGUUGUCACUGUAAAAAAUGUGCAUGUUGGUUGUGAUCUUCGUCAUCACGUGCAUACUUGCCAAGUCUUUUUUUUCUUUUUUUCUUCUUCUUUUUUUUAAACACCGAGCUAUAGUAAACUAAACACCAAUUUUCUCUGGUUCAAAUCCGCAAAGUGUCAAACUACUUGGAUAAUAGCUUUUUUUUUAAACAAAACUCCCUGAUUCUGUUUCCUCGCCCAAUUGUGAGAUACAUUUAGGUUGUUUUUGUCUUUGAUUGUUUCUCCAUUUAAUUUAAUGCCUAUUGUUAUUUAUUCUUUAUUAUGUGCAUUCCUUUUGGAAAAUUGUUAGGAAGAACAGAAAUAAAUUAUUACUUCCCAAAAGUCCCAAAAUAGCCUGGUUCCAAACCUUUAAAUCACUGCCCGCAUCUCCACUGUGUUGAAUAACUUAUUUAGCAUCGUGGCGUUGUACCCGUUGACAGCUGACCAAUCAGAGCCAGCGAGCUAUGUUGGAAGAAAAAAGCAGCGUUUUAUUUUGAAAUUGUGCUUCAAACAGAACGCAGGAAGGAGAACAUUAGUAUGGAGCUGGAGAUGUCGGCAGGUAGCCCAUCCCAUCAUUUAGUUGGGGUCAAAUGAAAUGACCGGACGGAUUUAUUACACUAACUUAUUGUCACAACUUUUGAUUAAUUGAUUGCUGUGAGGAUAUCAUGAUAAUUACAACAAACGUAACAAAAAGGAUUACCAACCCUAGCUUUAAUCUGAGUCUGGCAUAUAUUCAGCUCUUAAAUUCUAAAUGUUAAAAAUGACAGUUAAAUUGGGCUUAAUCUGAAAUAGUGCCUGCCCAGCAUAACAUCAAUAUGUCAGAUCAGCAAAAUGCGCUCAUUGAAGUGCUUUUUUAGAAUUUCAACAGUGAGCUGAGAGGACAUGUUGAGUUUUUGGGACCGCCACUGUGUGCUGCAACAAAAUCAGAGUGUACGAGUCCAAACUAACACACAGGGUUUGAUUUACUCAAACAUUGCUCAAGGGUUUCUUCCUCAUACGGGAGAAAAACUUGCACAGAUACAUUUGUAUUUUAUACUAACGAGCAAGAAUAUAACGUGCAGUGGAAAUGAUUUUGGAAUCUUUUGAUACUCAUGUCUACACUAUGUGUUGGACUUUGAGAAUGGAGUAAAUGCACUGUGAUGGAACUCUGUUCCGGAAGCACUACCUUUACUCCCGGCAGCCGUUGUUUAUGAUCAUCGUGAAUGAUGACGAAGGUUUUGGAUAACACUGACACAAUCGCCACAAGCUACAGUCAAUGUAAAUAUAUUAAAUGUACAACAGAUAUUUUUGUAGAAUUUAUUUAAGCAAUGAUCUCUGGUAUUCUUAAUGUAUUUAAAGUUUGGAAAGUAUUGUGAUCCGUUUGGUGUGUGACUCAAGUAUUUUUUUAAUUUUUGUGUGUGUGAGUUAAAGAACUCUGUUGUAUGAGAAUCAUUUUGGAAUCUACAUUUAGAUCUUUAUGGCAGAAACGUUGGGUGCUUUCUUAAAAUUCAUCAUCUCUUGCAGGUCACUCUGUUUCGGAGAUUAUACUGUGAAUUUUUAAUUUUGAAGAAUUCAAAAUAAAAUAUAGGUUUUGGGAUCUAAAUGAUCCCCCGUGCUCCAGGAAAAACUAAUGUUUUCUGUGUCUCUGCAUGUUUUUUUGUUUUUUAAUCCAUGGUUACAUUGUGUUGCACCUAAAGUAUGUUUUUCUAAAAUGUUGUAUUCACAAAUUAAUUCAAACAAUUCUCCCCUGCAUUAACAUGUCAGUGUCAUUUUCAUAUUCAGAUUUGCCUGCAGCUUUUGGAGCGAGACAUUUGGUAGAAAAGUGCACAUUUCUGACAUGUAAACUGUGCUACAUGCAGGUCAACUGAGAUUAACACUUGAAUACAUUUCAACAACACUAUAAAGAGGAGGAUGAAUAGUGAGUGUGUAAUUUAGAGGAGUUGCAUUGAACAACCACAAAGAUACACUCAUGUGUCCUUUUCAGGGGCUGCAUCCAUCAAAAUCUUCCUUUAACCCUCCUGUUACCUUAGGGUCAAUUUGACCCCAUUCAAUGUUUAAUGUCGGUGUUCUUUCGGGUCAAUUUGACCCCAGGCUGUUUUUCACUGUCAAACAUAUAAGAAAUAUCAACUUUUUUAUAUAUUUAAAGGGCUAUUUAGGUAGUCAACAAACAAACAUAAAGUACCUCACACUUAAACUUGGAAAACAAUAAUAAUUCUAAUAAUUUUCUGGAGGUUUUAAUUGCUGGGGUCAAAUUGACCCCACGGGUAAAAUAUGUCAGAAAAUAUAAAGGUAACAGGAGGGUUAAAAAAAAACGAAGAAAAAAAGUGAGUCUAGAUUGACAGGACCAGUCCUUUUUUGAAGGCCCCUCCUAAUGCAGUCUGUUUUCUUUCUGGUAUCCUCUGUGUUCCCAAAGGCCCCUUAACUCUGUGUCACCAAACAACACACCUAUUUCCUCUAAGGCGGAGAAAAGUAUUGAUAUUCCAUCGAUAUUAUGAUAUGAGACUAGUUAGUCUUAAAUGUCCGAUAUGACAUCACAUGGGUUUAAAGGCUGCAUUACACAAUGUGACGUACGAUGGACCGGUAAGAUCGCCGUCGUCAUCGACCACUUUACGUGGGGCCUUCAUCCAUUGGAUGCUGCGUUGAUGCGUGUUUAACGGUGCCCUUGGAGGUUGGUAAUGUUUUUGGUGAAGAUUUUAUAUUUUCCAGUGGUCGUUAAGAGUUUACACAUGAUUUUAUUUUGUCAAUCACUACAGAUUUGGGAGAUAAUAUAUACUUUGAAUACCUCUGUGUUCUACUUUGACAGCCAUUUGAAAGCUCGCAACACUAAACUUUUAUUUUGAUAAGGAUUCACUCGAGCAGACGGUUUCCUCUGAAAGAGGCGGUCGCUGAAAUGGAACGAUCACAAAACCAGACAGUAUUUGUUCAAUUAGGCAUUUAUUAUCUAUUUGACCAAUUUACUCUUUUGCUGAUACAUUAUUGAUGCAGGCCCCUCCCCUUUCAUCUCAACAGAUUAUUUUGAUAAUACAGUAUUCCUGGAUGUGAGAGAAAAUAAACUUGUGGUUAUCGUGCCAGAAUAUUAUCCCCCCCGGUUCUUGUUUCGUGUUCCAUUGUUCCCAUCUCUCUGUACGCGAUUCUGAAUUUGAUACGAUGCCAUUUUGCAGAAACGGUUUUGUAUUGUGUGUGAAUGAGUUUGUCAUACAUCGACUGCCUUCUCCAAUCGGUUCCUCGGCAGACUUUGGUCGUCAUAGUCAGGGAAACACUUCAUGAAUGUCUUAUGUGGCUAUCAAAUGGCUGUAAGUCUUCCACACCAUGAACUACUGAAUGUACAGAUUAUGCAGAAGGAAAAUGUAUGAAUAAACUCAAAUGAACAUUU